UCUUCAUCUUCAUCUUCAUUUUUUGUCUACAUUACUUUACACAAACGAUGACUAACCUUUUUGCCGCAGCUGUAUUGCUCUUUCUUCUUCUCAAAGCUGGAAUCUACAUAGCCACAGCUUGGGAAGAUGAAGAUUUCUUCAGAUAUUGUCCGCCGUCAUGGUGCCACAAACAUGGCCCAGAGAUAAGGUUUCCCUUCAGGCUUGAAUCCAGCAAUAUCGCAUGCGGUGCUCCAUGCAUGCAAUUGUCAUGCUCUGCAGAAGAACACACCAUCCUAGAUCACCCACAUCUUGGCCCAUGUCAAGUGACUUCGAUAGAUUACAAGCUUCAGGUUAUGAAGAUAACCCCGCUUGUAGACUUCUUCUCUCCAUGCCCUCUUCAGAAGAUCAAAACAACAAGCUUUUUUGGUUCUACUACUGACGAUUCUUGUGCAAUGUACAACUACCAAGCAGCAAGCAUAAUAUCCUGUUCAAGAGAGGUCACACGAAAUAUUCAAUUUUUGGAUUUCCAGGUGACCUCUUCUGAUGAUUUAAUUGUUGGCCCAAUCCCUUGCCUUAGCAACACAAGUCAUCUCUCGUACUUGGUGCAUUCAAUCAUGCCCAUGACUGUUCUUACAUCGGACUGCAAGGUCGUCUCUGAUGGUGUCUUCCCGAUACCCCAAGGACUAUUUUCCUUUAAGGAAAGUGCAGAAAGAAUCCUCAGUUUUGCUGAGACCACGGUCAGCUGGACAAUAGAUUUCCUUCAGCACAAUGGAAAGCUCUGCCAGGAGCCACGUAACUGUGGUUGUGGACAAUGUGAAGAAAUUGGCAAACGCUGCGCAUUCAACUCACAAAGGAACGACACUUUCUGCAUAGCUAACCCCCACGGUUCACGCAUCAAAAUCAUUGCAGCUACAUCAUCAGUGGGCACAUUAGUCGUUAUUUUGUUGAUGGUGGCCACUGCAGUUUAUCUUUCGCUGAAGACAAGAUAUAACGAAGAGGUACAUUUGAAGGUCGAAAUGUUUCUCAAGACAUAUGACACAUCAAAACCCACAAGAUACACUUUCUCUGAAGUCAAAAAGAUGGCAAAGCAGUUUAAGGCGAAAGUAGGGCAAGGAGGAUUCGGAAGUGUGUACAAAGGUGAACUACCAAAUGGAGUCCCCAUGGCAAUCAAGAUGUUAGAGAAUACUACAGGAGAAGGAGAAGAAUUCAUCAAUGAGGUUGCAACCAUUGGAUUAAUCCACCAUACAAAUAUUGUUCACCUCUUGGGUUUUUGCUCUGAAGGAAUGAGGCGGGCUCUUAUUUACGAAUUCAUGCCUAACGAGUCACUGGAAAAAUACAUAUUCUCUCAUGUUUCUAAUACUUCUCGGCAACUCCUAUCGCCCAAUAAAAUGCUAGAUAUUGCUUUAGGCAUAGCCCGAGGAAUGGAAUACCUACACCAAGGGUGCAACCAGCGCAUUCUCCAUUUUGACAUCAAGCCACACAACAUCUUGCUGGACUACAACUUUGCUCCUAAGAUUUCAGACUUUGGCCUUGCAAAGUUGUGCGCGAGGGACCAAAGCAUCGUUACAUUAACUGCAGCAAGAGGCACAAUGGGCUACAUCGCACCAGAGCUAUACUCUCGGAACUUUGGAGGGGUAUCGUACAAGUCAGAUGUGUACAGUUUUGGCAUGUUGGUGUUGGAAAUGGUGAGUGGAAGGAGGAACUCAGACCCAAGUGUUGAGGACCAGAACGAGGUAUACCUUCCGGAGUGGAUCUAUGAGAAAGUUAUUGCUGGGCAGGAAUUGGAGCUUAGUUUGGAAAUGACAGCGGAAGAGAAUGAAAAGGUGAGACAACUGACUAUUGUGGCACUGUGGUGUAUCCAGUGGAACCCGAAGAGUCGGCCGUCGAUGACGAAGGUGGUAAACAUGUUAACCGGGAGUUUGCACAAUCUGCAGGUUCCUCCUAAACCAUUUGUUUCGUCUGCAAAUCGUCCUAUGCCAUAAACCAUGAAGAAUAUAUCACCAUGAAUGGUGUAUUACACAGUUGAUGGAACUUACUUCGCAUGUUAUGAUGUAAUAAUGUAAUUCCUUGUAUUAGCAUUGUUGAAUGUUUGACUACGAACUCAACUAUAUGCUCCACCCGAUCUGUAGCUUAUAGGUCUCGUCAUAUGUAUUGCUAUGAAUCAAAAAAACAUAUGGCACUGGAUUUUGAUUUGCAA